AUGUCGUCCGACGGUUGGGAUGAGAUUUGCUCCGCUGUAAGCCAUAAACGGUGUGCUACAGUAAAGAGCGAAGUGGAAGAGUUACCUGCAACGUCUGCAACAAAAAUGUAUCUUCCAGGAGCUGUAGUUUGGGCCAAGGUGGAUGAUAGCAAAGGGUGGUGGCCGGCAAUGGUGGAGGAUUGGAUGGAUGUGCCUAUAACGGUUCGGCUCCUACAGGAACACGAGAGCGAUCAUGUAGUGAGGCUGAUAUUGCGAGAAGCCGGGGAGACGAAACACCUAUGCAUGAAACCACAGUUUCUCAAGGAUUUUCUGUCAAAUAUGGCUCAUUUUAGAGGGCAAAGCAAGGCCGGGGUAGUCUGUGAGGAGAGAGAGGAUCGUGGUGCUGAUGACUGGAUGGGGGCUGCUUCGGAUAAAGUCUUGGGUGCUGCUGAUAAGAAGGGGAGUGCGCCUGAUGAGCUGGGUGUUCCUGAUAAGCUGGGUGGUCCUGAUAAGCUGGGUGGUCCUGAUAAGCUGGGUGGUCCUGAUAAGCUGGGUGUUCCUGAUAAGCUGGGUGGUCCUGAUAAGCUGGGUGUUCUUGAUAAGCUGGGUGGUCCUGAUAAGCUGGGUGGUCCUGAUAAGCUGGGUGGUCCUGAUAAGCUGGGUGGUCCUGAUAAGCUGGGUGGUCCUGAUAAGCUGGGUGGUCCUGAUAAGCUGGGUGGUCCUGAUAAGCUGGGUGGUCCUGAUAAGCUGGGUGUUCCUGAUAAGCUGGGUGGUCCUGAUAAGCUGGGUGGUCCUGAUAAGCUGGGUGGUCCUGAUAAGCUGGGUGGUCCUGAUAAGCUGGGUGGUCCUGAUAAGCUGGGUGGUCCUGAUAAGCUGGGUGGUCCUGAUAAGCUGGGUGGUCCUGAUAAGCUGGGUGGUCCUGAUAAGCUGGGUGGUCCUGAAAAGCCGGGUGUUCCUGAUAAGCUGGGUGUUCUUGAUAAGCUGGGUGGUCCUGAUAAGCUGGGUGGUCCUGAUAAGCUGGGUGGUCCUGAUAAGCUGGGUGGUCCUGAUAAGCUGGGUGGUCCUGAUAAGCUGGGUGGUCCUGAUAAGCUGGGUGGUCCUGAUAAGCUGGGUGGUCCUGAUAAGCUGGGUGGUCCUGAAAAGCCGGGUGUUCCUGAUAAGCUGGGUGUUCUUGAUAAGCUGGGUGGUCCUGAUAAGCUGGGUGGUCCUGAUAAGCUGGGUGGUCCUGAUAAGCUGGGUGGUCCUGAUAAGCUGGGUGUUCCUGAUAAGCUGGGUGGUCCUGAUAAGCUGGGUGCCGCUGAUAAGGAGACGAAGCAACCAAAGUCACAGGUUGUAACAGAGCGUGAGAUGAGGGAGUCGACCAAGCUGCAGCAUAGGCUGGCGUGUGCGCGAGCAGAGCUUAUGGGCAUGCCUCUACCCACCUGCACCCUUACCCUCAAACCCCUCCUCACCUCAUCCACCUCCUCAUGUAGGGAUAGAUCGGCCAGGAGACAGCAGGCGGGGCGGGAGGGGGGUUGUGAGAGGCCUCAGGAGAAUGUUGUUUUGAGGGAGCAGCUGUGGCUGGAGGAGUGGGAUGAGGAGGAGGUUGAAAUGGGGUUGAGGGUGGACGGUGGGGAGGAGGGCGGGGAGGGGAGAGAGGAGGGACGAGAGGAGGGGAGAGAGGAGGGCGGAGCAGAGGAGGGGAUUGGGCAGGAGGAGAAGGAAAAGAGGGGUGGGAGGAGUAGGGAGGAGGGGAAGGAGGAGAAGGAGAAGGGGAGGAAGGAAGAGGAGAAGCAGGAAGGGAAGAGAAGGCUAAAAAAAGGGGUGGAGGCAGAGGGAUGUAAGGCAAGGGGAGGGGAGGAGGAGGAGGGAGAGCAGAGCGAUGAGUCAAUGGAUGAGUAUGGGGAUAGCUGCAAGCGCUGCCACGAAGUUGGCUUCAUGCUUUGCUGUGAAGGCAAGGCAUGCAGCGCCACAUACCACCUACACUGCUUGGACCCUCCCCUGGACGACGUCCCCCCUGGUCUCUGGUUCUGCCCUGACUGCACCCACAAGCGCUUCUCCCUGGGAGUGCAUGCGGUGUGUGGUGCAGGGCGGUUGAGAGGUGCAGCAGCAGGGGCGGCAGAGUCAGCAAGGGCUCGAAAGGAGCAGGGCAGUGCUGGGCCGGGAUUAUCCCACGCACACAACAGCUGGGUGGGCGAGGCUUGGCUUGCAAGCAAUGCUCCCAGGCAGCUCGCGAUCUUUAAAGCCCGGGCGGUCACUGUUGAGUUCUGCCCCACAUGGAAUCCCCACUGGGCCCAACCAAAGAAGCUCAUAGCCAAGCAGUGCACGUGGGAGCCGGCCAAUGGGAGCGUGCUGCAGGGGGCUGCCGGGCGGCUGUCUGACGCCCCGAUGCAGCAGCAGCUGGGGAAUCUGAACGCCCUUAGGAGUCGGUGGCGGGAGUGUGGACCUUUGGGCAGUGGGGAGAGUGGUGGGGGGGCGAGAGGGAGGAGGAAGAGCAGCAGGCAGCUGGGACAGUGGGGCGUGCUGCAAGGCGUGAGCUAUGAGUGGAGAGAGGAGGAGGGGGAGAGGAGAGAGGAGGAGGAGGAGGAGGAGGAGGAGGAGGAGGAGGAGGAGGAGGAGGAGGAGGAGGAGGAGGAGGAGGAGGAGGCGGCUGAUGUGGUCAUCACCACUCCUCUUAUCUUCUCCAUGGAGCGUUCAUACCUUGAGGAGGUUGCAUGGGGCGCCAUAGUAGUGGACGGCAGCACGCAGCUGUGGUCGGCGCACGAGGCCAGUGCCGCCCGCUCCAUGGGGUGGCCGCGUUCCGUCUUUUCCCUGCACGCCUGCCUGCGCGUUCUGCUCGCCCCACGCGAGCCCCAGGCAUACAGCUGGGAUGCCGGAGAUGUCGCAAUCAUGCUUUGCGACAGUCGCCUCACCUCAUAG